CUUGCGAAGUGGAGCUAGCCAAUCAGCGUCGUAGCUUAGCAAAUGACCGCCAGAUACACGCUAAGGCCAGACGAACCGAGCGAACCUCAAUGAGAGCUUCAUGAACGUCAGGACUGCAGAGAGAAGAGCUCAAGGUCCCAAUUGCACGCCCCCCGCCCUUCCUACGGUGUCGAUUUUCCUUUUUUGUGCUGUGAAGUCGACGAGAGGACACAAUGCUGCGGAAUUCUCUGGCACGGUCGGCGUUGCGGACGAGCAGGCAGAGCUCCAACGCGGCCAGGACAUUUGCGACCACAAGCAGGAGACAGGCUGAAGUUACACUCACUGUUGACGGCAAGCAGGUUUCGAUAGAAGCUGGUUCAGCGUUGAUUCAAGCAUGUGAGAAGGCAGGAGUUACAAUCCCUAGAUACUGCUAUCAUGAAAAACUCAUGAUUGCUGGAAAUUGUCGAAUGUGUCUGGUAGAAGUCGAAAGAGCACCAAAGCCUGUGGCAUCAUGUGCAUGGCCAGUACAACCCGGAAUGGUCGUAAAGACCAAUUCGCCCCUCACACACAAAGCCCGUGAAGGAGUUAUGGAGUUUUUGCUGGCCAAUCAUCCACUCGACUGCCCCAUUUGCGACCAGGGAGGAGAGUGUGAUUUACAAGAUCAAUCGAUGAGAUAUGGAGCCGAUAGAGGACGAUUUCACGAGAUUGGUGGCAAGCGUGCUACAGAAGACAAGAAUAUCGGACCAUUAAUCAAAACUUCGAUGAACAGAUGUAUUCACUGCACGAGAUGUAUUCGAUUCGCCAACGAUAUCGCAGGUGCACCAGAACUGGGAUCUACUGGACGUGGGAACGACAUGCAGAUUGGAACAUACCUUGAGAAGAACCUGGACUCCGAAAUGUCCGGCAACGUAAUCGAUUUGUGCCCAGUUGGAGCUCUCACAUCCAAGCCAUACGCAUUCCGAGCUCGCCCUUGGGAAUUGAAGCACACCGAAUCGAUAGAUGUUCUAGAUGGUCUUGGAUCAAACAUCAGAGUGGAUUCGAGAGGAUUAGAGGUUAUGCGAAUUCUGCCCAGACUCAACGAUGAUGUGAAUGAGGAGUGGAUCAACGACAAGUCCCGGUUUGCCUGCGAUGGACUGAAAACUCAGAGACUUACAAUUCCGCUUAUCCGGAAAGACAACAAGUUCCUCCCAGCCAGCUGGGAACAAGCAUUGGUCGAGAUUGGAGCUGCGUACAAGGACUUUGCACCCAAGGGUAACGAAUUCAAGGCAAUUGCUGGCGAUCUCGUUGAAGUCGAGUCUUUGGUUGCUUUGAAGGAUCUGGCCAACAAGCUCGGAUCAGACAACUUAGCUCUUGAUCAGCCAUCAGGUAGUCAGCCAAUCGCUCACGGAGUCGAUGUCCGCUCAAACUACCUCUUCAACUCGAAGAUCUGGGGUGUGGAGGAAGCUGAUGCUAUUCUUAUUGUUGGAAGCAACCCUCGCCACGAGGCCGCUGGCCUGAAUGCACGCAUCCGGAAGCAGUGGAUGAGAUCUGAUCUCGAGAUUGGCGUUGUUGGCGAGACCUGGCAGUCAACUUUCGAGUUCGAGCACCUUGGAGCUGAUGCUGCUGCCCUCAAGAAGGCACUUGCUGGCCCAUUUGGCAAGAAGCUGGCAGCUGCCAAGAAACCAAUGAUCAUCGUUGGAUCUGGUGUCACGGAUCACGCUGACGCUAAAGCCAUCUAUGAGAUGGUGGGUGCUUUCGUUGAGAAGAACGCUGCCAACUUCUUGACCGAGGAAUGGAACGGUUACAACGUCCUUCAACGUUCUGCAUCAAGAGCUGGUGCUUACGAAGUUGGAUUCACAACUCCAUCCGUAGCCGUUGCUGAGACUAAGCCUAAGUUCAUCUGGCUUCUCGGUGCUGACGAAUUUGACGCCGCAGAUAUUCCAAAGGAUGCUUUCGUUGUUUAUCAAGGCCAUCACGGUGAUCGUGGUGCGCAGGUCGCCGAUGUUGUUCUCCCAGGUGCCGCCUACACAGAGAAGUCUGGCACCUAUGUCAACACUGAGGGUCGUGUCCAGAUGAGCCGUGCCGCAACUUCGUUACCUGGUGCAGCCCGGACUGACUGGAAGAUCAUCCGAGCAGUCAGUGAAUUCUUGGGCGCAGCUCUUCCAUACGACGACGUUGCCCAGCUUCGUGACCGCAUGGUGGAGAUCAGUCCUGCCCUGGCUAGCUACGAUAUUGUCGAGCCAGUGGCACUGAAGCAGUUGAGCAAGGUGCAGUUGGUGGAUCAGAACAAGGGAAGCAAGGCAACUGGAGCACCGUUGAAAAAGGUUAUCGACAACUUCUAUUUCACAGAUGUUAUUUCAAGAAGUUCGCCAACAAUGGCAAGAUGUUCAGCAGCGAAGGAGCAGAAUAACCCAGAGACGAACUUCAUGGCUUCAGGCUACUCGAGUCAAUCUCCUAACGGACAGGUUGCAUACGGGUCGUAAUCUUGUAUUUUGUAUUUCCUUUCGUCGCUGCAUUGGUGUUGGCUGUGUAUAUAUGGGAAGAAGUAGUAAAAUACAAAGAAUGCAAGAAAGUAAACAAAUCGCUUCUGACUUUAAUGUUUGUAAGGGCGAGUCUGUUCUGAAUGAACUUUUUGCAUUAAUAGUUGAUCUGUCGCGACGAAAUCAAAUCUAAUCCUGUUACAUACUGUACAUCAAUAUCACUGAAACGAAGAGAGAUGAUAAUUCCUUCCUUCGUCCUUCCAUUGGAUCGAGGUCCAGUAUUUGGUCCCAAUCGUUUCAUUCCAUCCCACCCAACGCCAUUCAUGCAUGCACAGCAUUCAUCGCCUGCCCAGGAAUAACAGCUCUCUCGAGCACCGCCCAUAGAAUAUCCCGAUUCGUAUCCACAUCACCACCCGUGCAAAUCCGGGUAUAGAAUCUCUCCUCCCCUCCACACUCUGCAAACUCAACCAGAGUAAUCCCUUAUACCGGUAGAGCGAACUUCUUUCCCUUGAGGACCUUGGUGUAGUAAAUCCAGAAGAAGUCCGAGUACAGCACAGUCUGGACUAAUCCAGCCAUAACGGAAAUACCAUCCCAGUGUCCCUCCGCCCAGUACCGAUAGAUCCAAUUCGGAAUAUACAGCGCGCGAUAACUACCCAGCGCAAACAAAUAAUGCGUCGUAAUCGUCUCGGCCUCGCCAGUCCUCUGCAGCAAAAACAGCUGCGGCAGAAUUGCGACAGAUUCCAACCAGAUGCUAAACGCCCACAUGAUUUCCGACGGUGUGUACUUGUAUGGGAAGAUGAUCGCCAGGACGAGCGAGCCGCCGAGAAGGUACUGCACGCGGAAGGUGUCAAUGUUGGGGUCGUGCGUGGGCUUGUAGGCUGUGGUCAUGAGGUAGAUGGUGUAGCCUGAGGAGCCGAGGAAGAGGAGCUUGAAGAUGGUGUUGUAGGCGCUGUCGCCGAAGGUCCAGAAGAGGUCGAUGUAGCGGGUUACGUAGACCAUGAGGUAGAGGGCUUGGGAUUUGAAGGAUAUGCCGGAGCAGGACUGGGGGGGGUUGGUAUUAGCUCGGUGAGUUCUGGGGUUCUCGUGAAGCGAGGAUGGAAGAGUGUGAGGAAAAGUAAGAAAAGGGAGGAAGGAAGACGAGCAAUUUAAUUGAAAUGCUUUAAAGGAAGAUACGUACAUUCGUCUGGUGCAUUUUAUGUAAUAAGAUCAAAAUCGAGACCAGAUGGGAGAGAUCCCCUAAACCAAUCUGUCAACAUCUCUCCUUCCACCUCUCCCGGAGCGAACCUCAACACUUACCCAGCACUCUGAAAAGAUUCAUGAUGGCUGUCGUAACGCCUCAGCGUUGAAGUCUUUCGUCGCCGUACAACGCGAUAUGAAGGAGUGGAUAGCUGCUCGCCUUUGGCAGCUACUUCGUUGUGUUUCGUGGCAAUGGGGUUGUUGAAGGUGCGUUGGCGCAAAUGUAUUGAAUUGAGCUGGAUGAGGACACGCAACUACGCGAUUUCCCUUUCUUUGGAGGGCGCUUGUCGCUUGGAGAUCUGACUCUUGGCAGGCGGG